AUGGCUACUCAAUCAGCCCUGAUGUCACCUCCAGUAUUCAAUGAGGAGCACUACCACAUAUGGGCUGUUAAGAUGAAGGCUUUCCUCCAGGUUCAGUGGCUGUGGCAGUAUGUGGAAGAAAAUAGGCAGCCACCUCCUUUAGGACAGAAUCCUACCCUGAACCAAAUGAGAUUGCAUGAGGAAGAAACAGCCAAAGCACCAAGAGCUCUCUCCCACAUUCAUGUUGCUGUAACAGACCUUGUAUUCACAAGGAUCAUGGCAUAUGAGACUGCAAAAGAGGCAUGGGAUAAGCUGAGAGAAGAGUACAUGGGCAGCACCACAACAAGGAACAUGCAGGUGCUAAAUUUAAGAAGAGAAUUUGAGAUGCAGAGGAUGCAAGAAUCAGAGAAGGUCAAGGACUAUGUUGAUAGGUUAAUGGGUGUUGUAAACAAGAUAAGGCUGCUGGGAGUGGAGUUGAUUGAUAGGAGAGUGGUGGAGAAAGUCCUGGUCAGCCUACCCGAAAGAUUUGAGUCCAAAAUCUCAUCUUUAAAGGACUCAAGAGACAUGGGAUAG